AUGGCACAUGCUCGUAUCUCAGCCAGCCUCCCGCCUGAUAUAGACCCCACAAAAGCUCCUCUUGCAUUUGGAAGGAGAGCCCUUCCUAAACUCAAUGAGGAGCUACAGUCUCCUGAGCUGCUGACUCAGCAACGGGCAUUGAUGGCGCUCUGUGAUCUGGUCCAUGACCCAGAAAAUGUGUACCAGGCAAUAGAAAUAGGAUUCUUGGAUAACCUAAAGACUUUGCUGCUACACCAUGACAGUACUCUCCGACAAAAAGCCAUAGAAAUCCUCUAUGUAAUGGCUAUGCAUAGUGUUGGCAGGAAGCGGUUGAUAGAAAAUGGACUGAUUUCUGCCCUCGCUAAGCUCUUGAAUGAUCCAGAAGAUAUCUGUCGGAAGAACACACAUCAGACUAUUGAAAUGAUGGCAAGAUUACCUGAAGGUUUAGGAGAUCAACUUCAGGCACUAAUAAAAAAAUCAUAUAUGGGAUUAUACCUAGACAUGUACAUCCAAGCAUAG